AUGGCCUUCAAGUUCAUCAAGCCUAAGGAGAAGCUGACCUGGCUCAUCACCGGAUGUUCCUCCGGGUUCGGGCUAUCGCUCACACGUAUAGCCUUAGACAACGGCCAUACUGUUAUUGCUACUUCGAGGAACCCCUCACGCACGCCUGAGCUCGUGGCUGAAGUCGAGAGUAAAGGAGGAAGAUGGUUGAAGUUGGACGUUAACGAUCACAACAGCCCGGAAGUCAUAGAAGAGCUUGAGCGAUCAGGUCUAGAGGUUGAUGUUCUGGUGAAUAACGCUGGCUAUUCGAUACUGGUUCCUGUCGAACUCGCAACUGAAGAUGAGAUUCGUGGCCAGAUGGAGACCAUGUACUUCGGUCCUCUACGUCUGAUCAGAGCCGUAGUCCCGCAUAUGCGCAAGAGGCGGUUUGGCGCCAUUGUGAACAUUAGCAGUGGCGCUUCACUAGAGGGCAGAGAAACGAUGGGCCCCUAUGCUGGAGCUAAAGCUGGUCUCGAUGGUAUAACUAAAGUCCUGGCGCAGGAGGUCGCUCCGUAUAACAUUCGAACAUUAACAGUUGUCCCUGGAGCAUUCAACACCAACAUAGCCAAUGCUACCAUGCCAGGCAAGAAGCCGAUGCCGGAUGACUACAAGGGCUCUGUUUCCGACAUGAUAUUACAAGUUCUCGCUGGUGCGGACAUACCCGGUAUACAGUUCGCCUUGGGCGAUAAGGACAAGGGAAUGAAAGCAGUAUACGAGGUAGUUGUUGGAGAAGGCAUUGGUGCUGGACGAGAAUCCGAACCUUUACUCCUUCUGGGCUCUGAUAUGACAGCCCGGGCCAAGUCUGUACAAAAAUACUUGGGACAUGCUUUGGAAACGUUCAAAGACGUUACGAACUACGUGGAUAUUGCUUGA